GCAAGGCCCGACAUGGCUACGUUUUGUGGUGACCGGCACGUGUAGUGAGCCUCCGGCGGUCAUGGCCGAGCCCCCCCGAGGGGCGGCGCCCUAUCUCCUGCUUACCCUGGUGGUAAUUUUUUGCACCAGGUUUCCCGUCUAUGAUGCCGCAACUGGUGGUGGCAGUAUGCUGGGUGAUGUUAACAUAUCUGCCAUAUUGGAUUCGUUUAGUGUCAGUUACGAUAAAAGAGUAAGACCAAAUUAUGGAGGUCCGCCCGUCGUUGUGGGAGUCACCAUGUACGUGUUGAGCAUCAGUUCCCUCUCUGAAGUGAAAAUGGAUUUUACGUUAGAUUUUUAUUUCCGUCAAUUUUGGACGGAUCCACGACUGGCAUAUCGCAAACGGCCAGGUGUGGAAACCCUCUCCGUCGGUUCGGAGUUCAUUAAAAAUAUAUGGAUCCCCGAUACAUUUUUCGUGAACGAGAAACAAUCGUAUCUUCAUAUAGCGACAACGUCAAAUGAAUUUAUUCGUAUUCAUCAUUCUGGUUCAAUCACGAGGAGUAUUCGAUUAACAAUUACUGCCUCGUGUCCGAUGAAUCUUCAGUACUUCCCCAUGGAUAGACAAUUGUGCCAUAUUGAAAUCGAGAGCUUCGGUUAUACUAUGCGAGAUAUUCGUUAUAAAUGGAAUGAAGGACCCAAUUCUGUGGGUGUGUCAAACGAGGUAUCGUUGCCUCAAUUCAAAGUGCUUGGGCAUCGACAAAGAGCAAUGGAAAUCAGCCUUACAACAGGAAAUUAUUCCCGCCUGGCGUGUGAAAUUCAAUUCGUACGUUCUAUGGGUUACUACCUCAUCCAGAUCUACAUCCCGUCCGGUUUGAUCGUAAUCAUCUCAUGGGUUAGUUUCUGGUUGAAUAGAAAUGCAACACCAGCUCGAGUCGCGCUUGGUGUCACUACUGUACUCACCAUGACAACGCUGAUGUCAUCAACAAAUGCUGCAUUACCCAAAAUUUCGUAUGUUAAAUCGAUUGACGUAUAUUUGGGAACAUGUUUCGUGAUGGUGUUCGCAAGUUUACUGGAGUACGCAACGGUGGGUUAUAUGGCCAAACGCAUACAAAUGCGAAAAAAUCGUUUUACAAUGAUACAAAAAAUAGCUGCCGAAAAAAAAUUAGGUGUUGAUCCAAAUGAUCCAGAUCAUGCACCUAAACAAACAGUUAGCGGGAGACCAAUGGGGGAUCAUUGUCGUGGCGGACCCGCUAAAUAUAAUACAAUACAAAAUGUACGAUCUAAUUAUCAAUGUUCUCAGGUUCGUUUUAAAGUACAUGAUCCAAAGGCACACAGUAAAGGUGGCACAUUAGAGAGUACGGUAAAUGGUGGACGAAGUGGUAGCGGAGCGGGUGUACCAGGUGAACGAGGUGGAGGUGGUGGUGGUGUUCGUGUUCCCGACGAAGAGAGUGCUGCACCAGCGCCUCAACAUCUAAUACACCCCGGCAAGGACAUAAAUAAAUUGAUGGGUAUAACACCAUCGGACAUCGAUAAAUAUUCACGUAUUAUGUUUCCUGUCUGUUUUGUGUGUUUCAACCUAAUGUAUUGGAUUAUUUACCUGCAUAUUUCAGACGUUGUCGCUGAUGAUUUAGUAUUAUUGGAGGAGGCUAAAUAAUCUAGUGAAUUACAAAAAUUUUUAUUAGAUACGACUUACAUAUUUAAAAGUUGGGAGCAGUUAAUAAUCCCACCAGUGCAAUUCAACUCUUUUUAAAUAAUAAAAUAUGCUAUUAUCACUGACACAUAAAUAUAUAAAACACACACGGACUGUAAAAAAUGAUAAACUUUUAAAAAACAAAAAUAUAUAUAUUUAUUAAAAUUACAGAGACGGAAUUCUGGUUCUUCCACUGCGAAGUAAAUUAUUAAUAAACGCGCGAAUUUAGUUUGGAACAAUUACAAUAAAUAACUUGAAUGCGAU